AGCAAAUAACAGCGAAAUUCAGUUUGUUUGCACAAACUGCCCCGAACAUUACAAAACGCAUUAGAAAAAAUCGCUUCCAAAGCCUCCCGGGCGGCGGCAGGCACGAAGCUGCACGCGGAUAAGAACAAACCUUCUUGCUCCUCUAAGAAUUAGAACUUAGAAAGUGAUCUCCAGGCACAUACUGCCAACAAUCAUGUUGUUGGUCCCGUCUCGUACCUCCCAUGGGUCCCCUUUCCGGGUGGUACUUGGAGCUCGGGCGGCAGUGCUGUACUACUUUUCAUCAACCACACAACAUCAACUGGCCCAGGCGGUGUCGUCCGCCUUGCGCGCAAAUACGCGAGUCCGGCGGGACAAAAGAAGCGGGCAAAAGGCGAAGAAAGCCGAGAAGGAGAAGAAGAAAAGAAAGCAGGCAUCUCAAACUAGUACCGGAGCAGCGGAAGAAUCAAACAUAAGCCCUUCUUCUUCUUCCUUCUCACAAGCGGGAACAGCAACAGAAGUUUCGAACCCACGAUCUGUGCCGGCCUGCUGCACGUACAGCAACGACAAUACGGACGCGCGGGUCGCCCGCCCGGACCCGUUCGGGAGGGUUGAAGCGGUUCCGCCCAUGCUGCGAAGUAGUGAUUCCAAUGCCAGCAGCACCCUGGGCGGAGGUGCUGCGGACGGCGCAGCGCUCGAGCCAGUACGACCGGGGUUCGUCCGGCUAGAUCCCGAGGGCGGCGCCGGAAGCGGGACAAGCGGAGGACUUCCAAGCACCGGGCUUACCCAAAAUGGUAUGACCUUUUCCACUCGUGCGACCACUACGGCUACCCGAGUUCUUCGCGAUCAAGUGCACCGCUUCGACGCCUUCCGCGACCAGCGCCUGUCCCCGUUGUCCCCCAAGUUCCACCCCGCGGGCGAGUCCAAGGUCGUGACAAGCGACACGAACCCCAAGGUGUUUGACUUGGUGCCGAACCAGCUGCGCGUCUCCUUCCUGUCCCCGGAAUUGCUCCGCGUGCAGUACGACAACAGCAAAGACGGGUCCAGCUUUCACGACUGGAAAACGCACGCCAUCGUGAAUCGGGAUUUUUCGGACUUUUUCGAGGAAGACGUGGAUUCGCAAAACUGGAAGCUCACCGUCGUGGAACGGCCCGGAGGUGAAAAUGCGGUGGUUGGCGUCGCGGUGGUGGGCGGCGCUGCAGCUGCUACGGGGCUGUGGAAGCUGGAGUCGAAAAAAGUCCGGUUCCAUUACGACGCGUCUUUGUUCAAAGACGGGGACUGGACCAGCGGGCUGAUCGCGUUCGAGCGUUUGGACCGGGACGUUUCCGAUCCGAAAAUCGACCUCGACCGCCCCUUCGAUGGGUCGCUGUUUGGCACGACCAAGUCGGCGGAAAAUUUCCCGAUGGAGGGCGGGAAGAGGUACGCGCACCGCAUGUUUCUCGACUGCCAGCGGGAGAAGGACAUCUUGACCCGCGAGGGCCGGGAGGACGUGUUCGGUUGCGGCCAGGGCAACGGCCCGGGGUGCGAACCCAUUCGCUCCAUGCACUGCGUGUACGGCGUGCUGAAUCGGCGGCACGGGAUUGCGUUGCUGGACGACAGCGAGAUGCCCAUUUACAACGACGCACAAAACUGGAAUCAGCACGCGUCACCGCCCGGCGAUAACUUUUCCUCCGUACUCUUGAACGAGUACGCGCCGAACCAGUUUUCCAGCCUGCCCGGGAACAAGGACCUGUACUUCUUCGCGUUUGGCAAAGGAAAGCAGCUGAUUGAUAGCCAGACUGGGACGAGGAAUGCUUUGUACAAAUCCACCUACGAGAAGUCUCUCGCCGCGUUCCGCCAUUUAACCGGGCCGCAACCGCUGGGGCCGCGCUACACCUUCGGGUACUGGCUGAGCUACUGGAAGUGGUGCACGAUGCGGGACUACAAGGUGAAGGGGGGCGUGACGCGGCGGGAUCCGCACAAGAUCCCUUUCAACGUGGAGGCUUUUGACAACGUGUUAGAAAACAUGUUUAACACGCUGGGCAUCCCGAUUGACGUGUACGUGUUGGACAUGCAGUGGAUCGCGAUCGAUUGGAGUAUCACCAGUCAGCGCGACAAGGGCGGCAGAGACGUCGGCAUGACCACCACGCCCUCCUGGGGCGCGUUCAAGUACGACCGGCAGAUGGGCGACCUGCCGGCGUGGCACCGCAAGUGGACGGACAACGAUCUCGGCGGACUGCAGAUCUCCUACAACAUCCACCCCCACGUGGGCGUGAUGGCGGCGGGGAUCGAACCCAAGGCGCAGUGGCACGAGGAAGCCGCGUACCUGCAAAUCACGAGCAAGAUCUGCCCCGACCGGCAGGACAAGGGCGGCUGCAUGUGGGGGGAGUACGCGGAAAACGCGGAAAUGUUGAACCUGAUGGACGACGUGGCCAUGCCGAUCAAGAACCACUUCGUCGCCUGGUGGGACUUCCAGGCGGGCGAUUAUGAGGCGGUGAACCAGUACCCAGAAAAGUGCCGGAAGCAGGUCGACCGCUUGGGAAAUUCGAAGCAAACUGUCUAUCCCUGCGGGGAGUACGGCACGAAGAACUGGCACCCGCUGCAGGCGAUCAACCGCGUGACGUACGACGGGGCGAUUCGGCGCCAGGAGUUCCGGCGCGGACUGCAGAUGUCGCGGUUUUCCGGCUAUGGGUCGCACCGCUACCCGAUGGGGUUCGCGGGCGACCAGGCGAAGACCUGGGAGGCGCUGUCCUGGGCGCCCUACUGGACGGUGACGGCCAGCAACGCGGGCUACGGCUACUGGAGCCACGACCUGAUCUGCUGCGACUGGGGGGACCCGGACCGCUACCAGAGCUGGGAGAAGUACAUGCGGUGGCUGCAGUUCGGCGCGCUGACGCCCAACAUGCGCACCCACGACAAGGGUGCGGGGGACCUGCAGGGUGUGGACAUGGGCGCCCACAUGCUCUUCUGGGACUACCCGGCGGUCUUGCUGCAGGCGAGCAAGCAGCUGGUGCUGUGGCGGUCCAUGCUGAUCCCGUACCUGUACCACGCCGCGUACCUCUGUUCCUACACCGGAAUCAGCCUGAUGCGACCGCUUUAUUACAACUGGCCCGAAUUGGAGGAGGCCUACGGCCCGGAGAUGGUGCGGGAGGAGUGGGAAAGCCGCAACCCCUUCGCGUACAUGCUGGGCGACGCGCUGCUCGUGAACCCGAUCACGAAAUCGUCGGGCGCGAACGUCGGCGACGACUGGGACAUCGACCGGAGUUUGGGGUAUUCCCACGUGCGGAUCCGAAAGUCGCAGUACUGGAACAACGUGAUCGACCUCUGGCCGACCUGGCUGCCGCCGCUGCCGGACGGCGUCGCGUGGUACGACUUGACGAACGGGGCUUUUUUGGAGAAGACGCUGACGAACGAAGAGGGUUAUAGGAUUUUGAACCAGAACAUCUUCACGAUCGACGACUUUCCGCUGUACCAGCGGUCGGACAUGCUGAUCCCGUUGCAAAUCCGCCAGUUCACGAUUGGCGGCGCGACGCGGGAGAAGUACAUGAAGGAAUUGAUUUUCCAAGCGAUCGCGCCCUCGUACUCGCAGGCGGCCAUGCUGGAGGAGGAUGAUUCGACAUCAUCUACUUCCGGAGAUCUCGCGCUCGAGCAGCGCGGAACGGUGUUGGACGACGCGUACGGCAUGAAUCCGAACUACGCGGACGAGCAGUUUUUGGAAAUUUCCUGCGUGCUGCGGUGGGUUUCCCGGCUCGAACUGCGGGUGUAUUUGAUGGAGAACUACGCGGGAAAGAUCGAGGAUGAUUUACAAACAAAAUCGGGCCUGGUUCCCUUCGACCAGCGGAAGUUUUCGCUGUUUCUGCACAAUUUUGCGGGCACAAUCUCCUCCGCGGAGGUGGUUACCAGUGGGGGCACGACCACGACCGCGAUUGCUUUACAAUCGUCCUACAGCCGCCCGCGGGACACGGACACGACCACCAGCGCAGACGUGGGCAACGACGUGCAGAAGUACGGGUUGCGGACGAUCACCGCGUGUGUCUUGUCCUGCACGAGGAUCACGGGUCUUCCGUUAAUGCGGAGCGACGGCGACUACGUGAAGAUUCAGUUGCAGGAAACGAUCCCCUCGUCCCUGAUCCAGGGCCUGCGGGGCGCGGAUCGAAAGAUCGGGCGGGCGGAGGGGAAGAGGGAGUUUCUGGACGAAGACAGUGUGGAGUGGAGCGAGACCGACAUCGCUGCGUUUUGGUCCACAGUGAAUGCGGGGAGGUUGAUGAACACCGACGGAUUGGAUGAUGGCCAGAAAAAACGCCUAUCGAACUUGUACGAUUCCGCGCAGCAGAUGCGGAACUUGUGAGGAGAUAGUAUUUUGAGAAGUUUAUGAACGAAGAUGAAUGAUGUCAGCUCUCAGGAGGGGUUUUCUCUGCUGAGCUUAUCGUGCUUUAUCUUUGCUACAUUUUUUUUUGGCCACAUUUACAUACAAUGCAUGACGAAUGUAAGAUUUAGAUUUUGGCAUGAAGUCCUUUUGACAAACUGUUCCGAAUAAGAAGUGUCGCUGUCGCUAGUAAGUAGAAAGACGACCCUAUCAUAUCAGUAUCAUGUAAGAUUCAGACGCAGACCUGAAACCCAAUGGAACCUUUCGGAGAAAGUUUCAGCCUACCCCUCUAUUCCUAUCCAGACAUAGCACUUUUUUGCUCAAGUGAAGUGAAUGAAACCGUAACCCACUGUACUCCAUUGUUUCCCAGAUACUCGUACGC